AUGUCAAAUAAAAUAAACUACAUUCCUGUAUACAAAAAAAGUUCCGAUCCAACGUCGGUUUGGUAUCAUUUCCUAAAGGCCGAUACGAGUGAUUCUGCAAAAUGUAAAACAUGUGAAAAAGUUAUUAAGUGUGCGGGUGGUACUACAACAGGACUACGCAGCCAUUUAAGAUUACAUAAUAUUUCACUUGACAGCGAAAGGCUUGCUUCAGAAGUAGCUAGGGAAACUGCUGGGACUUCCAAAAGAAAAAAUGAUAACUCUUUAUUGGAGUCACCAGUUUCAGCGAAAAAUUGCAGAAUGACCGACUACUUCUCACAAUCAAACAGAUCAUUGGAUGUUAUGGUAUCAAGAAUGACAGCACUUGACGGUAUGCCAUACAGGGCAUUUACAGAAUCUGAAGACCUGAAGCAUCUAUUUAAAAAAGCUGGUUAUAAAUUACCUACGAGCGCAAAUACUAUAAAAGAUGUGACUAUAAAGUUUUAUGAUAAGACUAAGAAAAACCUUAUAAAGGAAAUACAGGAACUAAAGGAUGAAGGACACAAAUUUUCGGUUUCAAUAGAUGAAUGGACAUCUUCAAGAAAUAGGCGAUAUAUGAAUGUGAAUCUUCACUGUGCAUUUUUCAAAGGUAACCACCACACGACGAGAAAUCUUGGUUUAUGUAGGACGUAUGGCUCUGUUACCGCUAUCAAGUGUGAAGAAUACCUGCGAGAAAGGCUACACGAAUUUAAAUUAGAUUUUGACACUGAUGUGAUCGCCAUUAUAUCUGAUGGAGCUUCUGUUAUGACAAAACUAGGAGGAAAUUUAAACUGCAUACAUCAGUUAUGCUUAGCUCAUGGCUUGCAAUUGGCCAUCGUGGAUACGUUCUACGUAAAAAAUCAAGAAAACGUAAAUGAGGCUCAAGAAGAACUUGCCGAAAACGAAAAUAAUCUGAACACUGUUUGCAUUGGCACUGAAGAUGAUACUGAGACUGGUGGAUUUCAAAUAGAGCAAGCUCCAACUGUAACAGUUGACGUGGAGACAAAUAUUAAGUUUGGGCUUGUUGUAGAAAAGGAGCUUCAUGCAAGUUUGAGCAAAAGGAUCAAACAAAGGCGGCAACCAGUUGCAAGUCUAAUGCAAUACCUUCACAACCCAGCAACAUAUUUUGAAGAAAAUGAAUAUGACGCAGAUGUUUAUCCGCGCUUGCCUAACGAUUGUCUGCAAGAGAUGGUAUUGGGGCUUCUAAAAUACGAUUCGGCCGCACAAUCUUUUACUUGCAACGAUGUCAAUGACUUACCUACUGAUGAUUCGCAGAAUGAAGUCGGCAGCAAUUCCUCAUUAUCAAAUAAAGAAUUAAUUAACCAACAAAUCAGCAAAAUUAUCUUUGAUGACACGAGAAGAGUUGGAAUUGGAAAUCUUUCAACGUCUAAAGAAGACUUAUUGACACUACUGAAGGUUGAAAUGCUGUUAUUUGAAAAUGGAGGUGAUCGAGGCCAAUUGCUGUCAAAAGCUUAUCGAUGGAUUCGUUCAAUUAAGCCAACAAGUGUAGAGAGUGAACGCGCUUUUUCUGCGGCUGGAAUAUUAUGUAAUAAACUGCGCACAAGCCUUAGCGACAAAACUAUAAAUUGCUUGUCGUUUCUUCGCACUUAUUUCCAACAACAAAAAAAUUGUAAAUAG